CGAGGGUCAACGGGGCCCUAGUGACAGCCUGUGGCACCAGCAGUGCCACCGACAGCCUCUGCGCGGCACCAGGUUGUGUGCCCUCCCGGAAAUGGCUAAAAGACAAACUGUGUGCUGUGUGAAUCCUGGUGCAUUCUAGAAAGUGACAUUGGGUUUGUGGAACAGAGGCAAUCUGUGUACAUCGAUUGUGUAGAACCCGGAACAGCUUGUGCCAAUCGCACAGGCUAACCCGGAACUAAAACUGCAACGAUAGCAACAGUCUACUAGUAAUGUCUGAUUGACGUUUGUCUGUUGCUACAUGCUGAGUUCUUCAACACCGAAUUAAACACAUGCCACUGUGACCGCUGAGGCUGCUGCUGUUAUUCCGUGCUACUAACUGAAACGUACUAAUGAAACGCUUCUCGACCUGUGCCCGGCGUGGCAGCGGGGCGCAACGGGCUCGGGGACGAGAAGCGGGCGCCAUGGCGGAGGUGCAACAUUUACCAGCGCAAGUGUCGGCUCAAGAUUACAUGACGAACCUCAUGGUGGACGCGGAUGACGAGGACGACGUGAGAUUACAUCUAUCGGCACUGUGCGGGGAUGCGAAGGGCAUGCAGCGCACCCUGCAGGAUCCCGCCACAGCCGAAUGGUUGAACCACCGCGUGCGGCCCUACCUGUCCCCGCCCCUCAGACUCGCUGUCACUGGGGGGAACCAGGAGUGUGUGCAGCUACUAGUAGCAGCAGGAGCCAACAUUGAGCUGGAGGAUGUGAAGGGCCAGACACCACUCUUUGUGGCCACCUCACAGAGAAAACCCAUCAUUAUGAAGACUCUACUAGAGGUUGGUGCUAACCCUGAGGGCAGCAAGAAGAACCGCUGCUCGCCACUUCUAGUGGCUGUGCGGGAUGGAUUCACAGAGGGUGUCAGGCUCCUCCUGAGGCAUGGGGCAGACCCUGAACCCUUUGAGCAGAUUUGUACCUGUGUCCCUGGCUGGCCACUGCACCAUGCUGUGGUGUAUGCACACUUCCCCUGCUUUCUGGAGCUAGUGAGAGGUGGUGCAAUUACCAACCUCUCUUCACUGACCAAUCAAAUUUGCUCCAAGAUAGUGGCCCGACUGUCCAUACCCCACGCUAUCCUCAAAUAUGCCAAGGAAAGGCCAGAAUUUGUGUCCCUCUACCAUGAAAGUGGUGGAAAUCUGUGGCAGCUGAAUGCAGGAGGCAUCACUGGUUCUGAGGAAUCCACAGAAAACUCCCCAGCCAAGGAACGGUUGAAGGCAUUGCUGGGGACGCCGCUCAGCCUCAAGUCUCAGUGCCGUAUUGCAAUCCGGCGGCUGCUGGGGUGGCACAGGCUGGCUCACCUUGCAUCUCUUGAUGUCCCCUCCUGCCUGACUUCCUUCCUGAACUAUGACGAGUUUUCUCAGUAUUUACAAAAACCUAGGAAAGAAAAAGUUGUACAAGAUCAUAAUUCAGAAGAAUAGUUUUUGCUUUUAUUCAGUAGAUGUAAUGUAAUAACUGGCUAGGAUACUAACAUGUAGAUAAAAAAUUUGCAAUGAGAAAAUAAUUUCCUUAGAAUGCUUAAUUUUGAUAAAUCCUGCAAGAUGCACUUGAAAAUACAUAGUUUUUAUAACGCAGAUUUAACAAAUCCAGCAAACAAAAGCAAAACGUAUAGCAAUAGAACUAACACUAAGAGCACUUUAAGGAAUGUCGGCUGCUGGUCUCCGUGACAUCACAUGAGGCAUUGCUACACAACACUUGUCUUCCUCUUAUAUGUAAAGUAAUAUUGUCUAGUCACUUUUAUCUAUGAAAAUGCUUUAUAUGUUAUAUUAGGAAUUUAUAUAUGUAUAAAGAUGUUACUUAAAA